AAUGUGUGACCUUACGUUAUAUCAUAGCUGUAGAACUUUCAAAACUUGACAUAUGUAGCCACUCGUGUACAAAUGGUUAAAGGGAUAGCUGUCCUUUUUGAAUAUGAAACACCUAAGCUUGUACAGAUUUCAAACAUCAAAAUUGGAGUUACCCAGCGGUUACUCCAAUUAGUCAUCCUAAUAUAUGUCGUUUGCUGGGUUAUGAUUUAUGAAAAAGGAUAUCAAGAGAAUGAUAUCGCCAAGAGUGCAGUAACAACAAAAGUAAAAGGAGUUGGCUUUACAAACUAUUCUCAUAUUCCGGGGAUCGGAAUACGUAGUUGGGACGUGGCGGAUUAUAUAGUCCCACCUUUGGAAAAUAAUGCAUUAUUCGUUGUCACGAAUAUGAUAAAAACUGAACGGCAGUCACUUUCCAAGUGUCCGGAGAGUUCAUGGAUCCCUGAGGCAGCUUGUCUCAACGACUCAGACUGUAAACCAUACUUUAUUACUCACCUUGGCAAUGGUGCUCAUACAGGCAAAUGUAUCAUUAAACCAGGCUGUGAUAUUGGAUCAUGUGAAAUCUAUUCUUGGUGUCCAUUAGAAAAUGAUACUUUACCACUUGGUAAAAAAUCAUUUUUAUUCCCAAUGGUUUAUAAUUACACUCUGCUUAUUAAAAAUGACAUAAAUUUCGAAAAAUUUGGCAUACAUCGACGAAAUAUUCAAAAUUGGGCAUCUAAAAAAUUUCUUCGGACAUGUUUAUAUAAUAAAACCGACCCAGAAAAUCGAUUUUGUCCAAUCUUUCAGUUCAGUACAAUUUUCGAAGAGGCCAACGUGGAUGAAUCAAUUUUUAUUAGCGGUGGUGUAAUCGGUAUUGAUAUCGACUGGAAAUGUGAUCUUGAUUGGGAUGUUCAAUACUGUAAUCCAACAUAUUCAUUCCGACGGUUAGAUGAUGCAAAUGCUAAAAUCGCUGCAGGCUUUAAUUUUCGUUAUGCUCACUUUUACAGUGAAAAUGGAACUAAUUAUCGUGAUUUGAUAAAAGCUUAUGGUAUAAGAUUUGUUAUUCAUGUUAGCGGUGAAGCUGGUAAAUUUCAUCUUCUUCCACUGACAAUGAAUAUUGGUUCAGGUUUAGCUUUACUUGGUUUGGCACCAACUGUAUGUGAUAUCAUCGCUUUAAAUCUAUUACGAUCAAGAGAUAUUUAUCAACGUGCAAAAUUUGAAACAAUCGCUGAAGAACAAGCUCAAUUAUCUAGUCGUCGUGCUGGUAAAGCACAACGUAAAAAACAUGGUCUAUCCAAACGAACUGCACAUGCUGCAGCAGAUGAAACAUCCGAUGAAAAUGAUGCUAAAAUCAUACAAUGGAAAGAUGAUCAAACUGUUCCUGUAAAUGAUACCCAAUCAAAAACAUCAUAGAUUAUUCAAGAGUUUAUAGUUGCUGUUUGUUUCUUUUUUUUGGUAAUCUCUUUCAAAAAUCAACUCACAAAUCAUUCGUGUAUAAUUUGAAAAUUAAAAAGAUAAGUGCAUUUAUUCAUUUUUUUUUAUGUGUAACUAGUCAAGAAUUAAAACAAAUGGAAAAUAGUAGGCAAGAAAGCUACAACUAUAUUCAUGUACCAUUUAGAUUAUUUCUCUCUCUCUCUGUCGUAUAUAUUUUCAGCUAAUUUCUUAUGUAUUUCACUACUUAUGUGAUAGACAAUCAUAUUUUAUUACAUGACAACAUCGAUAUAUUGUAAAAUUAUUUCUAAAUCUGUUGUAAAUGUUUGAAACUUAUACUACUAUUGUUAUGUGUCUGCUUUGAAUAUGUUUUCUUCUAUCUGUUUGUCUACUGUUAUUUUCUUUGUAUCAAAUAAUUUUUUUGCUCAUUUAUAUCGCUUUUUAAUUGAAAAAACACAAAUGAAUUAUUUCAUUCCUAUUGAAUAUCGGUUAAUUUAUAUACUUGUUCAUAAUGAAUAAAAACUUGCCCCAUUUUCUCUACAUCAUCAUCGAUCAAUGGCAAAAAAAACAAUGCGCCACUCAUUGUUUCACCAAAAUGACGAAUGACUGUUGACUUUUUUGUAUCAUCUCAAAGAACAAUGUCAUUUUAGUGAGCAAAAUAAAGAUGGUUUUGAAAACAAAAUACAAUCAAAUAUGUACGCAUUUAAACUUAAUGGAAAGCAGUUUACGAUUGAAAACCAGAGAUGGAAAUUGGAAACAGUGUUAUUCAGUUCGAAAUUUCACUAUGUUUACUCUUAAAUCAUUUUAUUUUAAUAGUUUAAUGAAAGAAACUAUUUGUACAAGUAAAGUUUUCUCUCUCUCUCUCUAUUUUACAAUUUCUUAGUUUUCUUUUUACUCUGCAAAUAUUUUAUAAAACAUAAUUGAUGAUAAUCUCAAUGUAUAAUGCAUUUGUCAAAGGUUAAAUAUCUGUGAAUCCUAUAAAUAAA